AUAGCAUUGAAACUGAUCUAAAAACCAUUGGAAGAGUCAAAGAGUUACUUCAGUUUGGAGGGUUUCAAGACUGUGAUUUUCUGCAGAGGACAUUGGCUAAUGAAUUCCAACACAUGGAGUAUAGCUUCAAGACGGCUCUUCUAAUGCCCUUUACAACCAUAUCAAGAAAGAUAUCAUGUAUGAAGUUAUUGCCACUUUGUCCUCUUCAGUUGUCAACAACGCAAACGCCUACACCAAUUCCCAUGUCUCUUACCUUCUAUAAGAAUGAACUUUCUGAUGACACGCCUUCCCAAAGUGGGUACACAGAUUACAUAUCUUUUCAAAUCCCUAAUGAAACCUUCCCGGACAUUCCGAACUGUAUUGGUAUAGCUAAGGGUUUUAAGCAGAACUCCAACAAUGAGAAAAAUGGCUAUACCUCUCUGGAAGCCGUUUUGUUAUCUGUACCUAAUGGCUACAAUUGUGUUGACUUGUCUCUCUACAAGGAUAAAGAACUGGUUUUACUAUUGAAUAAGACAAGUACAAACUCUGAAGGCUCGGGAGAAGCAUGCAUGAUGGUUGUACAAACUGGUGACCUUCCAUUCGUUUCCAUUUCAAGAUCUAGUUGUCUAAACCAGUGGGAGCUAGACGAUUUGAAGGAGUCAAUUGUUAACCUGGAAUUGGAGAAUGAAAAGGUUCGCAAAGUACCACAUUCUGCCAUUGCUCCUCUAGCAGUAAGCGCUUCAAGAGGAGUGGCUUGUGUAUUUGCUGAAAGAAGACGUGCUCUGGUGUACAUAUUGGAAGAAGAUGAAGACGAAGAAAUCACCGAGGACAAGUAAAAAUCUCAUCUGACGUCCUUAUUUGAUUACUCUUAAGUUAUGAAAGACAAACGUCACUUUCUAAAAUAUGUAAAACGGUGUCGUUUGCUACUUUACGACUUUUGUUAACAAAUUCACACUUCACCA